GACAUACACCUAUCAAUAAGAGUGCACAAAUGGUAGAGUUGGCCAUGCGCUGAACCUUUCUGUGAACUUUUGCAGGCCCUCGUCGAUUUGCGGCAGCAACUCGUCCCACUCCGCGCUGGGACCCGAAAAUAUACAUCAAAUAGCCACCUUCCCAAACCUGUCAGAUGCGGCAUACGCGCCCGACCUUUCCUAAGUUCGUGACUUGAUAUUUAAGCGCUGCGAACGAUCCAACUCCACUGCGCUACAUUGCGCGAUACAUUGUCUCUGUAAGUGGUUCAGAAUGACAAGGAGCGCGACACUGCGACUGGCGUGGGAAACGUGCCAGCGCUGGCCCAGUCCCCUGCGCGAAUUCGGUGGCGCGCGCUUCUCUUGAGCAACCAGGUCAUAACAGGGAGACAUCGAUAAUGCAUAAUGUGCUGACGGGACAGCUCGAAACGCGGAUGCGCUCUCAGGAAGCAGCGGAGCGCAGUGGACCGCCAGCGGACCGCCAGCUGCGGCUAUUGGGCAGGGAGACGGAACGACAGAUAUCCCACCCCAGCUCGUUGGAUGAGGCACGCUUCCAGCCAGAAACGGACCCGCUGCGGGCGCUGAGGCAGCAGCUGCAGGGGCCAAGGGAGCCCGCACGCCAGGAGUACUGGCUGCAGCAGCGACAGCCACACCACCACCAGCAGCACCAGCACCAACAGCAUUUCGGGCACCAGCAGUGGGAUGGAUCCCUGGCAAGGGAUCAAUGGAGACCCUCGCAGCCAGCGGGCCCAGCCCGACCCGGCACGACACUGCCGCUGCCUCAGCGGCCGACGGGGCCGCGGGAAGAAGCGUACGCGCAGCUGUAUGCGGCAUCACCGCGUGGGGUGACCGGCCCACACGCUACGGCGGGGCAGAGGGGACCGGCGUUUCGGGCACUAGCAGAUGACGCGCCGCCGCCGUCGCCCCGUGACGCACAUCACUAUGGCAGGCAGCAGCAGCAGCAGCUGCAGCAGCCGCGCUGGUACGAUGCAGCUGCUGCAACAGCUUCGGCGACUGCAAACGUCCCAAUGCAGCAGGGGCCUGCACGUGAGCCGGACCUGGAGCGCAGCCCCGCCCCGCGGCACCAGGCCACCACUGGAGGCAUGGGCGGCAGCCCCCACCCCGGCAGGGGCUUUGCCGCGAGCCUCGGGCGCAGUGCCAGUGCGGGCGCCGACGCCGGAGUCAGCUAUGACAGCCUAUCCCGCUUGGACCGACUGGGCUUGGGGCUUGGGGCUGGGGGCGGUCGCGGCGGCGCUGCUGGCGGUGUGGCGCCCGAGCCCAAGCGCCCACGGCUCGAGGCGCCAGCGCCAAUGCAACCGCCACUGCCAGCCCAGAUAGCCGGCGGCGCUGAGGCACAGCUUAUGAGACUCCUGCGGCAGGAACACGAGCGCCAGGAGCAGCAGCAGCGGCUGGAGCAGAUUGAGCGGCAGGAGGAGGCGGAGCGGCAGCGGCGGCGGCAGCGGCUGCAGCAGCUUGAGCGGCUGGAGAGGGAUGAGCGGCAGCAGCAGGAGGAAUUGUUGGCUGCCUGCAUUUCCCGGCUGGAGCCGGAGCUCGGCGCGCUGCUGUGCAGCCGGCUGCUGCGUGGCGAGGACACCGCCGACGGCUCGCCGCGCCAGGCCCAGGCCGACCACAGGCUGCCCGUGGAAUGGCUGCGGGGGCAGGCGGCGGGGCUCGUGCUGCUGCGCAGCCGCUCCGACGGCGACGACGGAGCCGCUGCGCCCUUGCUCAUGCGGUCCCUCCCGCCGCACGCGCCGCCGCCGUUCCGCUCUCCGGUGCCUGAGCCUGAGUUUCAGUCGCACGUGCACGUGGCUGCACAGGCGUCGCAGCCCGUGCGGCCGCGGCAUUCCACCGGCGGCCUUGAACAGUACUCAGAGCACCAGCUGGACCGACACCAGCACCAACAGGAUGGUCGGCGGCUGCAGCAGCCGGUGCUUGAAGAGCCGCAGCAGCUGGUGGAGGGACCGCUGCGGUGGCCGCACCUGUUGGAGCAGCUGCAGCUGCUGCAUCAGCACCUGCUUCAGACCUCGCCGCCGCUGCCGCCGCAGCAGCACGCGGCGCACUGGCGUUCCCUGGGAUUGGCUGGAGUGCCUGACCGCCGCGAUAAUGUCAAGGGGAGGGGCUCGCACGACGACGACAGUGGGCGCCUGCAGCCGCCAGUGAUGCAUCGCUCUGCGUCCGCUGCCGCCGAAGCGACAUGGGCUCCACAAGACCCUGAUGCGGCCGAUGACCUGCUGCCGAGCCGGGGCCGCGCAGGCAACGCUGCAGGCAGCGGCAGCGUUGGGGCAGGCGGCGGUGGCCGCAGCGCCGCUCUCGGGCUGCAGCUAGCCGCAGCCUCAGCCUUCGCCCUGCGCAACAUGCCUCAAGCAAGUUCGCGUCUUAACACCGCAGAAGAUGGUAGUGGGGUAGGCGGCGGCGGCAGUGUCAUGGCUGCAGGCAAGAGAGGUGCUGCCGCCGCAGACGCCUCGGCUGAGGUCGGCAAGAGCGGCGGCGCCAGUGCGGCCCCCGCUGUUGAGUUCUUGGAGCUGGCCGCCGCAGGCACCACUACCGCCGCCGCUGCCACAACCGCCAUCGGCGCCGGCGUCGGACUUGGAGUUGGCGAUGAGGACGAGCGCGGGCUGCCGCGCACCCGCCGCUGCGCCGUGUGUCGCGUCAAGCGCAAGGGCCGCUGCGGGACCACCAGCGCCCCGCCCACGUGUCUGGGCCGCGAGCUCAUCGACCCAGCGGAGGAGGAGGCCGCGGAGGCCGCAGCAGCAGCCAGCAAGCGGGGCGCGGCGGGCGGCGGCAGGAAAGGAGGCCGGCGGCGCCGCAUCAGCGCGGACAGUGGCGAUGAUGCAGACUACAGCUACAAGGGCUCCGUCAAGGUUCAGAGCAUGUCCGCUUCGCCGGAUAAUGACCUGUUAGCCGCCCACCCAGCCGCUGCGCUCCUCGGCGUCGCGGCGGCCGCCGGCACCAGCACCGGCCGCGGCGAGCGGCUGCUGUCAGACCCGACAGGCUGGGCCACCUCCGUUGCCGGCGGCGGCAGCCGCGGCAAGGCUCGCGGUGCCGGUGGCCCCGACAGCGCUGUUGCUGGCGCCAGCUACGCUUCGGAUGGCUUGGCCUUGCUGGCGCGCCUGGCUAGUCUAGCAGACGAGGCGCCAGAUAGCCCCUUCGCCGCUGGCGCGAAGGGUUCGCCCGUGCAGAAGCCACAGCCAAAGCUGGAAGCCAGCCGCCUGCAGCCGCUGCGCCCGCUGAUCGGCCCUGCAGCAACAGCUGGCGCGCAACUGCCGUACCCAGGGCUGGUUCAAGGCUCCUCACUCGGGGAUGGCUUUGCGGCGGCGGGCCUGGUGGGACGCGAGCCGCUUGGUGGCGGCGUAGCGAACACGACGGCAGGUGCCGCGACGCCGCCGCCGUCGCAGCUUCCAAUAUUGGACCAGCCGCUACCGCCAUUGGCUCUGCAGGGCAUACCAGAGCUAGCGCGCAUGUUGGCAGCGGCGCCCUCGGCGGCCCCCGGCAGCGGCAAGGAGCAGCAGCCGGUCCUGUCGCGCCUACCUGCCAUCGCUGCAGCCACUCGUGACGGGGACGCAGAUGGCGUCAUCAGCGGCAGCGGCAGUGGCGCCGCCGGCAGCUGCCUGCCACGUGUUGCCUCGGGCCAGCCGUCAGUGACAGCCGGCGGAUCCGCCGCCUUGGGUGCGGCCGCCGACGCGGCAGCAGCUGCGGUCGCUGCUGAGACGGCGGCGGCGGGCGCUGAUGCCGAGGCUGAGCCCGCGGAGCGUGAGCCUGACAUAAGGAGGCACGUGAUGCGGUGCGGUGCUCCCGCCCACGUUGGAGAGCUGCAGGCCUUGCUCGACAGCCACGCGGCGGCGGCCGCACUGCCAGAGGCGCCGUUUACCAGGGACAGGAGUGUCUCAGGGCAGCAGCAAGAGUCGGCAGCGGCUGGCGUGUUCACCGUUGAGGUAGACCUGGGUGGCAAGGCCACGACGCCAGGCCCUGACACCGCGGCUGCCGCCGCAGCAGCGGACCCUGACGCCCCAGGCGUGUCGAAGAUUGGGGCAGGUGCCGAGGGAGCAGCGGCUCCAAUCCGUGUGCGGCGAGGGCAGCGCCUCGUGCUCCGCAAUGGCAGUCUGCGGGCGUGUGUGGUGGUGGAGUCCGGCGCGACGGCGCAGCUGGAGCAGGUUCAACUGACAGCCGCCCCGGCGUCGGGCGCGGCUGCAGCUGCUGCGGCCGCUGUGGUGCUAGUGCAGGGUGCAGACAGUCACGCCGUGCUCCGCCACUGCAAAGUGUCGGUGGCGGCGGAUGCGUCCGCCGCCGCCGCCGCCGCCGCCGCCCCCACCCAGGUCGCUCCUGCAGCUGCCCCUGCGGCAGCGGCCGCGGCAGAAGGCAGCGGUGCGGACGAGAACACGUGCUGCGUGCUGGUGCGGGCCGGCGGCGGCGCAGUGCUGCAGUGCUGUGAGCUGAGCGGCGCGCCCAACGCGGGCCUAUCGGUUGAGGGCCUGGGCAGCAGCGCCCGCGCCACCAGCACCACCGCACGCGGCUGCGGCCUUGGAUUCCUGGCGUCGGCAGGUGGCGUUCUGGAGGCUGUGAGCGGAUGCGCCGCGGUCAGCAACGGCAUGGGCUUCCUCGCACUCUCGGCGCCUGCGCCUGCAGCAGACUCCACAGAAGCCGCUGCUGGUGCUGCUCCUGCUCCAGCUCCCACUGCUGCUCCUGGUGCUGAAGGCAGCAACGUCAGCAGUCCCGGGGCGGACUGCGACGCAGCCGGCGCCAGCACCAGUACCAGCUCAGACAGCGGCGGAAGCGACAGGCCCGCCGCAGCAGCGGGCGCCGUGGGCGCCCCGCCGGCGGCGCAGCUGCUGGCGGGGCCGCGCACAGCAGCGGCGCACAAUGGCGCCGCAGGCUUCGGCGCGAUUGGGUGCGGCAGCGUCCUGAGUGCGGGGGCCGGCUGCCGUUCACUGGGCAACCAGGGCUGCGGCUUCCUGGCGGCCCAGGGCGGCCGGCUGACGGUGGGCGACGAGAGCUUGGCGGAAGGCAAUGACAGCGGCUUCGCGGCCAGCGGGGCCGGCAGCGUGCUGGUGACGGGCGCGCGCUGUGAAGCGGUGGGCGCGGCUGGCUGCGGCUUCCUCGCUGAAGAGGGCGCAGAGCUGGCUGCGGCACGCGGCUGCGUGGCGCUGGGCGGCGCUGCGCACGGCUUCUGUGCUCGCACCGGCGGUCGCUUGGUCCUCAGCGAUGGCUGCCAGUCCGAGUGCAAUGCCGGCCGCGGCUUUUGCGACGGCUCCCAAGCCGGUGAAAUUGAUGGUGCCGAGGGAGGUGGCAACAGCGGUGGUGGUCGCGGCGAAGCUGCAGAAGCUGGUGGUGUCAAAGGUGGAGGCCGUGGGCAUCUGCAGCUGGGCGUCGGUUGCGUGUCCAUGGGCAACCUGGAGCCGUGUGCCGCCGCGGCAAUCGCGGCGGGACUGCUGCGCGCGCCGGGAGCGGCGGACGGCAAUGCCGCGGAUGUGCGUGCGGCGAGGGCGGUGCUGGCGGCGGCUGGCGUCUUGGCGAUGCCUGCGCAGGCAGCUGCAGCAACUGCGGGGCUCUUCCAUAGCCCGGAGCCGCUAUGAGUUCCAUUCAAGGGGCGUCGUCCCUUGAGUUAUACGGUUGUUGCUGCUAUCUACGGUUUGCUUGGGCUGUUGUUUGGUCUGGGGUUCGGGGCUGGACCAUCAGCAUUUGCAGGGUUACGUGUUUGUCCAUUUUCAACCCACAGGGGGCACGGCGUCCUGCAAAGUGCAGUCGUCACGCAGGCCCAUUUGGUUGGCCAGAAGAUCUUCCACUGAAGAGCUUCCACUUGGCUGGGAGAGCUUCCCUGAUUGACCGUGUCAUUUCUGCUUAAACCGAUUUUCAGGGUUGCGCCAGAAUUCUGGCGGGUGGCUCGGUGCGGGAAUGGCGUUCGUAUGUCUUGGCAACGAACGGCAACGUGCUAUAUGUGAUCCCGAAGAUCUGAGCUUGACUGAAUCCCGGAAUGUUACAGUCAGUUGGUGUUUCUGUGUUCAAUGUUUGCUUGAUGAGGGUACGAAGAAUGGGGUUAUUGAGUUAACCCGUGGCGGGCUUACGUGCUCACACACGCAUGCAUGUCUAGCCUGCAAGUGUGUCAUCGUGGCAGUUCGUAUCCUGGCAACUCUGGAGGUGCAGGAACCCGGGCAAACGCCGGCCCGCUCAACAGUUUAGGUGUCUUAUUGAAUCAACACAUGCAUUUGCUCAUUUUAUGCCCUGGUGCACAUUGGAUUACCUGUGGAGAGGUCACGAGGAAUGAUGAGGGUGCCACGAAGCUUCUGCGUCCGGCGUCCGGUAGUUUGCUAUGUCCCGCGCAGACUAAAGAGAGCCGACGUAAGUACAUUUUUAUGCAUUUCAUACCCUAGUGUCCUCGUAUCUAGCCAUGGGUGCCGCCGCACGGUGCUGCCGCGUCUGCGUGCAGGCAUGCAUGGCUGCAUGCGUACGCAUGGAGCAACCGCACAUGCAAGCGACGGCGAACCGGUGCGGCUGCAGCGCGUCCGUGCGAUUGUGAGAGCGCAUACGGCUCUAGGCGGCCCCACCGGGAGGCCCUCAUCGCCCAACAUCCGUGCUGACGUGAAUGGCGACGCCAGUGGCUGAGGCGCGACAGCAUUGGGUAGGUUCCGGAAGCCGGCGUUGAGAGUAUGGUCGUUCAGGGUUGUUCGAUGACUGGCCUUAGGAUUUGCCAGAUGAGCGCGGCUAGCAUCGUUUCGGUCAACUUAAUCAGAAACAACCGGAUCGUGAAAUUGUUUUUUGUCGGGCCUUGGCGCUGGCAAGCGAGCGGCAAGGACGGAGCGGUCAGGUGUGCUGAUGAGGUUUGAGUCCUAUGUGUGGUAAUGCUAUCACGUCAUCCUGCGUGAGGGGCGGUCCGUGUCGUGUUUCCGCGCUUCCGAGGACAUUGAUGCAUGUAGCGGCUACAAGAGGCGGAAGAUUGCCUGCACUAGGUUGUUCGCAUGGACUGUGGCAAUGCGCAUCGUAGCAUAUCAUACGCUUUCGUACGUGUCUGUGGGACCGUGUAGGCUCGCAAUGUGGAUAAAAGCCACGGCCCCUCGCCGCAUGCCUUGCAUUUGCAGAUCAAUGUAUGCUGCUGUCUUGCAUCCAAUAGGCACCAUCUUCGAUCCUUGCGUGCAUGACCGGGUGCUAUAUGUGAGCUCUUGUGGGCAGGCCGCGGCAGGCACCGGAUUUCCAGAGCACGCCGUAGCGCGAUCUGGGUUGCAUCUUGUAACAUGAGCCAUGG